UCACAGCCAUUCAUUCGCUAAAGCUCGUCGUGCGUACUGACAGGUAGAGUCGUUUUCUCUGAGACAGUUGAACUUCCCCCUUCCCCUCCCAGCAUGGCUGCAGACUUGAUGGAGAUUGACGACUCCCUUUACAGCCGCCAGCGCUAUGUCCUCGGAGACAGUGCUAUGCACCAGAUGGCCCGGUCCUCGGUCUUUCUCAGUGGAAUGGGAGGACUGGGGGUUGAGAUCGCGAAGAAUAUCGUGCUGGCUGGUGUGAAGACUGUCACACUUCAUGACACGAAGCAGUGCGAGACCUGGGACCUCGGCUCCAACUUCUUUAUUCGCAAAGAGGAUGUUUUGAACCAGACGACAAGGGUGGAGGCGGUGUGUCCUCGGGUCGCAGAGUUGAACCCCUAUGUCCACGUCGACAUGUCCUCUUCUGCUCUGGACGACAACUCUGAUCUCAGUUUUCUCAGAAACUAUCAGUGUGUGAUUUUGACAGAGACCAGACUGAGCCUACAGAAGAGAGUAAAUGAGUUCUGCCACUCGCAACAACCCCCCAUCAGAUUCAUCAGCUGUGAUGCACAUGGCAUCUGUGUGCGGGUGUUUUGUGAUUUUGGAGACAAGUUUGAGGUGUCCGACCCCACGGGAGAAGAGCCCAAGGAGAUUUUCAUCCAAAGUAUCACUCAGGACAAUCCCGCGGUGGUGACGUGCAUGGACAACCAACCCCAUGGCUUGCAGACAGGCCAGAGUGUUGUCUUCAGAGAGGUCAGCGGCAUGGUUGAGCUCAACGGCACCGCACGACAGGUUUCAGUUCUUUCCCCGCACAGUUUUGCUAUAGGAGACACAUCCCAGCUUCAACCAUAUGCACAUGGAGGUUUCUUUGUCCUAGUGAAAACUCCAAAGACAUACAGAUUUGAAACAAUAGAGCAACAGUUGUAUGAACCCCAGGUCAUGACUCCAGACUUCAGCAAACCAGAGGCUCCACUACAGAUCCAUGCAGCCAUGUUAGCACUUGACAACUUCCAGGAGCAACAUAGUAGACUUCCCAACAUUGGGUGUUUGCAGGAUGCUGAGGCUCUACUGAAGCUAACUGAGGAAGUGAAUGCAACUCUAAAAAAUAAAGCUCCUGUGAACGCUGAGCUGGUGCGCUGCCUGUCGAGGACGGCGAGGGGAACGCUUCCUCCGUUAGCAGCAGCUGUAGGAGGUCUAGCCAGUCAGGAAGCUCUUAAGGCCAUCACAGGGAAGUUUGCGCCGCUGCAGCAGUGGUUGUAUCUCGAUGCCAUUGAGGUAGUCAAACCACUUCAGUCUCUUUCUGCUGAGGAGUUUUUCCCAAGAGGAGAUCGAUACGAUGGAUUACGAGCUUGCAUUGGUGAAUCGAUGUGUCUCGAACUGCACAAGCUCAGGGUCUUCAUGGUCGGCUGCGGUGCCAUAGGCUGUGAGAUGCUAAAAAACUUUGCCCUGCUUGGGGUGGGACUGGCCAAGAGCUCAGGAGAGGUGUGCAUAACAGACCCAGACCUCAUAGAAAAGUCAAACCUCAACAGGCAGUUUCUCUUCAGGCCACAUCACAUACAGAAACCGAAAAGCACCACCGCAGCAGAAGCCACUUGCGAUAUCAACCCAGACCUGCAGGUGAAUGCUCACCUCAACAAGGUGUGUCCAGCUACUGAGAGCAUCUAUAGUGACUCGUUCUACUACUCUCAAAACCUCGUGGUCACUGCUCUGGACAACGUGGAGGCCCGGAGAUAUGUGGACAGCCGCUGCGUAUCCAAUCAAAGGCCGCUCCUGGACUCUGGCACCAUGGGAACUAAAGGACACACUGAAAUCAUUGUGCCAAACUUGACCGAGUCCUACAAUAGCCAUAGGGACCCCCCUGAGGAGGAGAUCCCAUUCUGCACCCUUAAGUCUUUCCCUGCUGUCAUAGAGCACACCAUCCAGUGGGCCAGAGAUAAGUUUGAGAACGCCUUCGUCCACAAGCCUUCCAUGUACAACUCCUUCUGGCAGACCCACCCCUCUGCUGAAGCGGUGCUACAGAGAAUGCAGACGGGGGAAAGCCUGGAGGGGGCGUUCCAGGUCAUCAAGCUGCUGAGCAGACGGCCGAGUCAGUGGGAGCAGUGCAUCGCUGUCGCCCGUCUGAAAUUUGACAAGUAUUUCAAAAGAAAGGCCCUUCAACUCUUGCACUCUUUCCCCCUGGACACAAGGUUAAAAGAUGGAAGUUUGUUUUGGCAGUCCCCGAAAAGACCUCCAACACCUAUUGAAUUUGACUUGAAAGACUCUUUACACUUCAGUUUCAUUGUCAGCACUGCCCGCCUCUUCGCAGGGAUCUAUAACAUCCCUUACUCAGAAAAGGAUCUCUCUGAAGAAGCGGUGAGCAGGGUUCUCUCAGAAGUCGAGAUUCCUGAGUACAGGCCCUCGGAGAAAAGUAUAGUGACGGACGAGACGGCGAAGAAGCCCGAUCAGGCGAAGAUGCCUCUGAGCAGCGAAGAGGAGAGGGAAGCCAUCGCCCAGCUGGAGCAGGCCAUCGGCACUGACAGGGUCACGCCAGAGUGUUUACAGAUGAGCCCCCUCCAGUUUGAGAAGGACGACGACGGCAACGGCCACAUGGAUUUCAUCACGUCGGCGUCCGCCCUCAGAGCCACCAUGUACGCCAUCGAGCCCGCCGACAGAUUCAAGACCAAGCGGAUCGCUGGCAAGAUCAUCCCAGCCAUCGCCACGGCAACGGCGGCUGUGGCCGGACUGGUGGCUCUGGAGCUGAUCAAGUUGGUCGGAGGUUACGGAUUCGAAUCUUUCAAAAACUGCUUCUUUAACCUGGCCAUUCCUGUGGUAGUGUUCACGGAGCCGGCCCAGGUCAAACGGACGCUCAUCAGGAACGAUAUCUACUUCACCAUCUGGGACUGCUGGACUAUUUUUGGCCAUGAGGACUUCACUCUCUCCGACUUCAUGAAUGCAGUGAGGGAAAAGUACGGAAUUGAACCCACUAUGGUCGUCCACGGCGUGAAGAUGCUCUAUGUGCCUGUGAUGCCUGGACACUCCAAGAGACUGAAACUGACAAUGAAGAAGCUGAUCAAGCCAUCCGUGGACCGCCGCUACGUGGACCUCACCGUAUCGUUCCCUCCAGAGGCGGACGGAGACGAGGAGCUCCCCGGUCCCCCCGUCAGGUACUACUUCAGCCCCGACGGAGGGACUCCCUGACGCCUCCCCGGAGAUCGCACUCAAACCUCCUGUGUCCUUAUUUCCCUUCCUUCAUGUAAAAUUGUUAUAACCCAAUAACCGAGGCCAGGGCCACGAGUUUUCCCUCGAGAUGAUAUCUGACGAAGGGCAAAGCUCCUGGCCCCCCGGCACAAGCCCCCUCUGUACUCCAUGGAGCAGGAAAGACCGGCGACCGGUCCCAGUUUUCCUCUCGUCUCAGAUCUAGCCAGUGGAACACAGGGCUGCUUGAGUAGCACUUAUAAUUGUACCUGUGUACAUAUAUUUUCUCUGUUCUGUUUUCUACUCUGGUGAAAUGCACAGCUCCGCCUGUGCCAAUGCCUUAAUUGAUUAAUAAUAAUCUUUUUUUUUUUUUUUUUUUGUGUGGCAGUGAGUCCGACUAAAAACUAUGUUUACUGAAAGCUGCAUACUCCAACGUACAGCCCCCUUCUUUUCACUUGUUUUAAAUCUGCUAGGCUCUUAGGGAGGGGGGAGGGGGGCUGUCGGCACAAUAAAGAUUAGCAGGCAUCGCAUCUUCUUCCUCCGAGUCGUCUCGUCAGCCACUGACGAUAGUGUCAGCCACAUAAUUUGCCAGUUGUUGCCCACGUUCCCCCCCCCCGAGCGAAACCGGUCAAGCCAAUAUUUCUCGUGUAACAUAAAGAUGCAACAGGUCAGUGGACGACGGCAAAAAACCACCAAAGAUACUGAUUAUCAUUGUGUCUGCAGACGAUUGUUCUUUUGUGAUCACGUUGACUGCCUCAUGAAAACAUGUUCAUAUCACAGAGGAUGGAUGCCACUCACCUAAGAGCGACACGCGCCGUCGCGUCGCUCUCCGGUCAGAAGCGACGGCGUCGGCGCGUGUUGCGCUCGACAGCUUUGGGCGCGGCCGCCUGUAACCGUAGCUUCUACUCUCACCUGCUCUGCUCAGUACCUAGGUAACGGCUGGCAUCAGUUAACACAAACGUUCUCCAUUAAGAUCAUGUACUGGCAUGCAUUCAGUGACUGUUUCACACAUAGAGAAGCCUUAUUUUGACAGACAGGAAACAUAUGCACCAACUUCUGGGAUCACAUUCCUGUUUUUAAAAAAAAAAAAAAAAAAAAAAAAUGCAUUCGUUUUAAAUGGGUAAAAAAAAAUUGGAAAAAAAAAUUUGCUGUCCAUGAUUUGUGUUGUAUUCGCUUAUGGAUGUUUGUCUGUGACAUGUAUUUAUUUACUUGUUACACCUCUUUUUUUUUUUUUUGUGUGUGUGUCAAACUGAGCCUGUGUUGACGAGCUCCGUUGAGUCGUGGUGCACUGGUUAACUGUUAAUCAUCCUAAAAGUAUAAACGGCCCUUUUAUUUAGUUCACAUGAAGGUUAUGAAAAGGAUCUCUGAAAUAGACUUGUCACAUAUUGGCAAUGAUGUCGACGCGGUUUUGAAUGAUAUAAUCAAACUUUGUAUCCAGAUCAAGCUGAAGACAAAGUCAUCAUGUGUCUUUAAUAAAACUUCUGGCCCGAAGAGACUUAAGUCACACAAAAUCCCACCUUGGCUUUCAUUUACUCCUCUGCCCGUAAACGGCUGCUUCUUGUGCAGUGAAUUCCAUAAGUGUAAAACAGAACAGUGUUAAAGAGUGACAAUAAUGAUGUAUGUUAUUGUGACGGACGGCUCGACCAAUGGUCCAAUAAAUGAAUAAAUGAGAUUUCAGGAUAUCUUCAAGAUA